AUGGUCGAGGUACUGGAGCUCCAGAAAGACAAGGUUGAGCUGGACCACACACAGAGCCGGCUGGACCAGGAGAUGGAGACCCUCAACACACACAGCACCGGCUGGACCAGGAGAUGGAGACCCUCAACACACACAGCACCGGCUGGACCAGGAGAUGGAGACCCUCAACACACACUGCACCGGCUGGACCAGGAGAUGGAGACCCUCAACACACACUGCACCGGCUGGACCAGGAGAUGGAGACCCUCAACACACACUGCACCGGCUGGACCAGGAGAUGGAGACCCUCAACACACACAGCACCGGCUGGACCACGAGAUGGAGACCCUCAACACACACAGCACCGGCUGGACCAGGAGAUGGAGACCCUCAACACACACAGCACCGGCUGGACCAGGAGAUGGAGACCCUCAACACACACAGCACCGGCUGGACCAGGAGAUGGAGACCCUCAACACACACAGCACCGGCUGGACCAGGAGAUGGAGACCCUCAACACACACAGCACCAGCUGGACCAGGAGAUGGAGACCCUCAACACACACUGCACCGGCUGGACCAGGAGAUGGAGACUCUCAACACACACAGCGCCGGCUGGACCAGGAGAUGGAGACUCUCAACACACACAGCACCGGCUGGACCACGAGAUGGAGACUCUCAACACACACAGGUGGACAUGCUCAAGAAGCAUCACGUAGGGUCAUCUCAUAACAAUAAUAAAAGAUGCCUGCAUAUGCUCAAUUACAGUACACAGGCUAAAAUAUUGUCAAUCUACACAAUUGAGAUGUGAGAAGUGUAGUGAGCCCUGUGCAGGUGUGCAUUGUUUUGUUUUUUUCAGUAUACAAUACACACAACUACCUGAGUAUACAUGACGUAUGCUUGAUUGUUUAGUUAGUAGCCCAAACCUCACCCAUCACUCUGAACAAGAGGUCACUCUGACCCUGGCCAGGCGUAACCUGACCCAUCACUCUAAACAAGAGGUUACUCUGACCCUGGCCAGUGGUAACUGACCUCUGAUCUGGCCAGUCUCCAUAUCCCAGUCUGUUGUCCCCACUUGCUUCAAGGUGUCCACCAUUGUUCCUGUUCCCAAGAAAGUGAAGGUAACUGAACUACUUUGAGAGGCUAGAUAAGGACCAUAUCACCUCCACCUUACCCGAAAACGUAGACCCACUACAAUUCGCAUACUUCCCCAACAGAUUCACGGACGACGCAAUCGCCAUUGCACUGCACACUGCCCUAUCCCACCUGGACAAGAUAAAUACCUAUGUAAGAAUGCUGUUCAUAGACUACAGCUCAGCCUUCAACAUCAUAGUGCCCUCCAACCUAAUCACUAAGCUCUGAAUCCCUCUCUGUGCAACUGGGUCCUGGACUUCCUGACGGGCCGACCCCAAGUGGUGAAGGUAGGCAACAACACCUCUGCCACGCUGAUCCUCAACACGGUGUAAUUGCUGCCAAAGUUGCUUCAACAAAGUACUGAGUAAAGGGUCUGAAUACUUAUGUACAGUGGGGAGAACAAGUAUUUGAUACACUGCCGAUUUUGCAGGUUUUCCUACUUACAAAGCAUGUAGAGGUCUGUAAUUUUUGUCAUAGGUACACUUCAACUGUGAGAGACGGAAUCUAAAACAAAAAUCCAGAAAAUCACAUUGUAUGAUUUUUAAGUAAUUAAUUUGCAUUUUAUUGCAUGACAUAAGCAUUUGAUCACCUACCAACCAGUAAGAAUUCCGGCUCUCACAGACCUGUUAGUUUUUCUUUAAGAAGCCCUCCUGUUCUCCACUCAUGACCUGUAUUAACUGCACCUGUUUGAAAUCGUUACCUGUAUAAAAGGCACCUGUCCACACACUCAAUCAAACAGACUCCAACCUCUCCACAAUGGCCAAGACCAGAGAGCUGUGUAAGGACAUCAGGGAUACAAUUGUAGACCUGCACAAGGCUGGGAUGGGCUACAGGACAAUAGGCAAGCAGCUUGGUGAGAAGGCAACAACUGUUGGCGCAAUUAUUAGAAAAUGGGAGAAGUUCAAGAUGACGGUCAAUCACCCUCGGUCUGGGGCUCCAUGCAAGAUCUCACCUCGUGGGGCAUCAGUGAUCAUGAGGAAGGUGAGGGAUCAGCCCAGAACUACACAGCAGGACCUGGUCAAUGACCUGAAGAGAGCUGGGACCACAGUCUCAAAGAACCAUUAGUAACACACUACGCCGUCAUGGAUUAAAAUCCUGCAGCGCACGCAAGGUCCCCCUGCUCAAGCCAGUGCAUGUCCAGGCCCGUCUGAAGUUUGCCAAUGACCAUCUGGAUGAUCCAGAGGAGGAAUGGGAGAAGGUCAUGUGGUCUGAUGAGACAAAAAUAGAGCUUUUUGGUCUAAAUUCCACUCGCUUUGUUUGGAGGAAGAAGAAGGAUGAGUACAACCCUAAGAACACCAUCCCAACCGUGAAGCAUGGAGGUGGAAACAUAAUUCUUUGGGGAUGCUUUUCUGCAAAGGGGACAGGACGACUGCACCGUAUUGAGGGGAGGAUGGAUGGGGCCAUGUAUCGCGAGAUCUUGGCCAACAACCUCCUUCCCUCAGUAAGAGCAUUGAAGAUGGGUCGUGGCUGGGUCUUCCAGCAUGACAACGACCCGAAACACACAGCCAGUGCAACUAAGGAGUGGCACCGUAAGAAGCAUCUCAAGGUUCUGGAGUGGCCUAGCCAGUCUCCAGACCUGAACCCAAUAGAACAUCUUUUGAGGGAGCUGAAAGUCUGUAUUGCCCAGCAACAGCCCCGAAACCUGAAGGAUCUGGAGAAGGUCUGUAUGGAGGAGUGGGCCAAAAUCCCUGCUGCAGUGUGUGCAAACCUGGUCAAGACCUACAGGAAACUUAUGAUCUCUGUAAUUGCAAACAAAGGUUUUUGCUUUUCUGAUGUAUCAAAUACUUAUGUCAUGCAAUAAAAUGCAAAUUAAUUACUUUAAAAUCAUUCAAUGUGAUUUUCUGGAUUUUUGUUUUAGAUUCCGUCUCUCACAGUUGAAGUGUACCUAUGAUAAAAAUGACAGACCUCUACAUGCUUUGUAAGUAGGAAAACCUGCAAAAUCGGCAGUGUAUCAAAUACUUGUUCUACCCACUGUACAUGUAAUAUUUCAGUUUAUUUAUAUUUAUACAUUUGAUAAAUAUUUAUUUAUUUAUUUAUUUAUUUUAUUUUAUUACUUUUUUUUGGUGGGGGGAAACAAACUCAUUACACUUUAAAAUGACUAAUACCUAAUCGAAACUGUAGAAAUGAUAAUGGACCUACAGUCCAUUUGUACAGUUUCUUGACCGUGUUCAGCUCGCUAAUAAUCACCUAAAUGAAAGCUACACAGUCAGGUAGCAUAGAACAUAUAACCAAUUUUCAGUGCGGCCUUCUGGACCUCGUUGAAGACUGAAUGUGACCCCCGGGGCCACAUUUGUUUGACAUCCCUGCUGUAGACUGUAGAUGUGUGUUGGCUGGUCUAAACAUACAGUAAUCAAUAAACCUAACAGAUCAUAUUGAAUGUUUAAUUUCAUUACAGGUGCUACGCUGAUAUUGAUCCUGUUGUAUUUUUCUCCUCCACUAAGGUCUUCUCCAGCUGGAAGCUGAUUGCCACGCCCAGAACAUGAGGAACUGUGACUCCCAGGUCAGAGCCCUGGCAGCCUACCUGGAAAUGGAGGGCUACAACCGUUUCCCCUUCAAAGACAGACAGCUGCAGAGCUUCAACCAACAGGUCAAAGAGAAACUCGACCAGGAGACUAAGGCCAACCAGGUCAUGGUAAGACAAAGUCCCGUCAGCACAAAGCUUGGAAAGAUACAGCUCUGUUCCAUUGGUCAUGUUUAGAUCAUGUUUACACGGUCAGGAAACUGACCCUAAACUGACUCCUGACACUAUUAAUGUUCUAUGACGAUGUUCUUCUAAGCCAUUCUCUAUAUUCCAACCUGUGUUCCAGAGGGAUAUGCAAGAGAAGGAAGCCAUGAAGCAGCAGAGCAUCGAUGAGACCGAAGACAAGAAGACGGGUUUGGAGAGGACCACUGAGCUGACGAAAGACCUGCAGGGCACAAAGCAGCAGGAGCUGAGGAACGUCAAUCUGACCUGCAGGGACUGGAGGACUCCUCCACCCGGCUGCAGGAACUGGAAAGGGAGCUCACCAAAGCAGUACAAGCACAACACAUGUCUGCACCCUAUUCCCUUCUAUAGUACACUACUUUUGACCAAGGUCCAUAUGGUAGAAGCGCACUUUUCCAAAAGUAGUGCACUAUAUAGGGAAUAGGUUGCCACUCAGGACGCAACAAUCCUUUUUUGAAUUCAAUGAGAAAAAAAGUUUUCCCCUGUGAAUGUGUUGUUUAUCGCAAAGAGAAAGUUACUGAGUCAUGUUCACUAGACUUUUGGGUUUGAAUGAUAGUGUCCCUCUAGAUUGUUUUCUUAGGCGACCAAAUGAACAUCCAAAGCUGCAAACAUCUACAAGUAGUCCUGCCUCUAAGUAAGGGGUAUUAAAAUCCUACCCUGGAGGUACAGAGUACUGCUGGUGAGUGUUAUAUACAGUACCAGUCAAAAGUUUGGACACACCUACUCAUUCCAGGGUUUUUCUACAUUAUAGAAUAAUAGUGAAGACAUCAAAACAAUGAAAUAACACAUAUGGAAUCAUGUAGUAACCAAAAAAGUGUUAAACAAAUACAAAUAUAUUUAAUAUUUGAGAUUAUUCAAAUAGCCACACUUUGCCUUGAGGAAUUCUCUCAACCAGCUUUAUUAGGUAGUCACCUGGAAUGCAGGUAACUCUGCUGCAGAGGAUAAGUUCAUUAGAGUUAACUGCACCUCAAGGCAAAGAGUGGCUACUUUGAAGAAUCUAAAAUAUAUUUUGAUUUGUUUAACACUUUUUUGGUUACUACAUAAUUCCAUAUGUGUUAUUUCAUAGUUUUGAUUUCUUCACUAUUAUUCUACUGUCGUGUAUCUUGUCGCUGCUGGUGCUCAUUGCUGUCAAACAAAGGAGUCCGCUCAUACUGAACCUUUGAUCAUAAGUUUUAUUCAUAUCACACGAUUUCAGCAUAAGUGACGGAUGUCAUGACACCCAGAGAGCAGUGUCCUCGAAUUGUAAUGUCUGCUCUAACCUCUUCUUCGUUUUUCCCCAGUAUAUAUAAUCUCCCCAAGAUAUGGGUGGCUCCCUCUACUGUCCAAUCACCUGUCUCCCCUGGGGCGUCACCCUACAAAUGGCUACUUUUGAACUGAAAUAAACAUCCGUUCAGUUCCACAUGAAAAACAUUAACAAAGAGAUAAUCCUAAUACACUACACUACAAUUUCGAAAAUAGUACAAAUAAAGAAAAACCCUGGAAUGAGUAGGUGUGUCCAAACUUUCGACUGGUACUGUAUAUACUGUAUUUAUAUAUUUAAAGAUUAUUAUUGUAAAAACAUUUAACAAUACACAUUCAAACGAAAGCAGACAGAUGCACACAAACAUCAACAACAUCACAACUGCCCAGACCCACCUGCUUACACCCCCAAUCUCCAGCACCACCAUCACUCUCUUCCACAUGGCUUCAAACUGCACCAUUUUGUUUUUCUCCGUCGCCCACGCACUUUCAACAUUUAGACAAUAAAGCAUUUGACCGUUCUAUUGUGUUAACAAUGGAGGAUUAGUUGAUUUACAGUUUUUAAGAAUAUGUUUUUUGAUUGAUUGACGAGAAAAGUAUAUGAGUGAGUGAUAUUGCUGUGUGUACCUGUGGUAUGUCUCUGCAGGAGCGGGAGCUGGACAGCGCGGUGCAUAGCUCCAACGUGGACGGGCUGAGGGUCGAGGUACUGGAGCUCCAGAAAGACAAGGUUGAGCUGGACCACACACAGAGCCGGCUGGACCAGGAGAUGGAGACCCUCAACACACACAGCACCGGCUGGACCAGGAGAUGGAGACCCUCAACACACACUGCACCGGCUGGACCAGGAGAUGGAGACCCUCAACACACACAGCACCGGCUGGACCAGGAGAUGGAGACCCUCAACACACACAGCACCGGCUGGACCAGGAGAUGGAGACCCUCAACACACACAGCACCGGCUGGACCAGGAGAUGGAGACUCUCAACACACACAGCGCCGGCUGGACCAGGAGAUGGAGACUCUCAACACACACAGGUGGACAUGCUCAAGAAGCAUCACGUAGGGUCAUCUCAUAACAAUAAUAAAAGAUGCCUGCAUAUGCUCAAUUACAGUACACAGGCUAAAAGAUUGUCAAUCUACACAAUUGAGAUGUGAGAAGUGUAGUGAGCCCUGUGCAGGUGUGCAUUGUUUUGUUUUUUUCAGUAUACAAUACACACAACUACCUGAGUAUACAUGACGUAUGCUUGAUUGUUUAGUUAGUAGCCUAAACCUCACCCAUCACUCUGAACAAGAGGUCACUCUGACCCUGGCCAGUGGUAACUGACCUCUGAUCUGGCCAGUCUCCAUAUCCCAGUCUGUUGUCCCCACUUGCUUCAAGGUGUCCACCAUUGUUCCUGUUCCCAAGAAAGUGAAGGUAACUGAACUAACUGACUAAUUGCCACGUAGCACUCACUUCCGUCAUCAUGAAGUACUUUGAGAGGCUAGAUAAGGACCAUAUCACCUCCACCUUACCCGAAAACGUAGACCCACUACAAUUCGCAUACUUCCCCAACAGAUUCACGGACGACGCAAUCGCCAUUGCACUGCACACUGCCCUAUCCCACCUGGACAAGAUAAAUACCUAUGUAAGAAUGCUGUUCAUAGACUACAGCUCAGCCUUCAACAUCAUAGUGCCCUCCAACCUAAUCACUAAGCUCUGAAUCCCUCUCUGUGCAACUGGGUCCUGGACUUCCUGACGGGCCGACCCCAAGUGGUGAAGGUAGGCAACAACACCUCUGCCACGCUGAUCCUCAACACGGUGGCCCCACUGAUGACACAACAGUGGUAGGCCUCAUUACCAACAACGAUGAGACAGCCUACAGGGAGGAGGUGAGAGCCCUGACAGAAGUGAUACAAGGAAAAUAACCUCUCCCUCAACGUCAACAAAACGAAGGAGCUGAUCGUGGACUACAGGAGACAACAGAGAGCACGUCCACAUCGACGGGGCCACAGUGGAGAGGGCCAAAAGCUAGAAACACAACCAUUUCGCUCCACAUGCGGUAACAUCUGCAAAUCUGUGUACUUUGAUUUGAUUUGGCCAGUGGUAACUGACCUCUGACCCUGGCCAGUGGUAACUGACCUCUGACCCUGGCCAGUGGUAACUGACCUCUGACCCUGGUCUGUGGUAACUGACCUCUGACCCAGGCCAGUGGUAACUGACCUCUGACCCUGGCCAGUGGUAACUGACCUCUGACCCUGGCCAGUGGUAACAUGAGCCUGUGGGCCUCUUUCCUUCUCUCAGAGGAAGAUAAAGUCGAGGCACAACGAGGAUCUGGUGGUCUGCUGGAUCACUUCCCUAAGAAGAGGGAGCUGGAGGACUAGAUCUACACCAAGUUCAAAGAUAUCAACUCCACCAGGGAGAAAACUGGCCAAGCACAAGUGAGUGCUUCCGUCACACAUGGCCAGAUUAACAUCUGCUCUCAGUCUGGUCCUGUUGUUGCAGUACAGAGCUGCUGAAGUGUGUAUGUGACUGUAAUGUGCUUGCAGUAAGGAGCUGCUGAAGUGUGUAUGUGACUGUAAUGUGCUUGCAGUAAGGAGCUGGCAUCGGGGGAGCAGAAUAAGAGCCACUGCGCUGCAGAGAUCAGGAGGAAGGAGCAGCAGCUGGCCACCUAUGAGGAAAAUAUGUUCAAUGUGUGUGGCAGUCAGGACUUCCAGCAGGACCUGGGCAAGCUGCAGGACGACCUGGAGAAGACCUCCAAGCAGAUAGGUAACUAACAGUGGAAUUCAAACUUUUUCAGCGGGGACCACAUUUUUUUCCAACAGAAUUUCUGGGGACCACAUUUUUUUCUCAAGAAUUUCUCGCAACCCCACCCCAAAUCUAAUGGCACAACCUUAAAAUCUGUACAUUUAGAUUUUGUAUCAAAUAACCUUCAAUUCAUUACAUUUUCAUCUCUUCUCAAAAUGAAAAUAAACCAAUAAAUACAUUUACUCAAAAUAUUAUUUUUCAAAUGAUCUUUCUCAAAAACCUAAUUUUUUGUUCCUAAAAAACAAACGACCCCAAGUUUGAAUACCACUACCCUGGGCUGUGCAUUACUGAUAACCUGUGAGGUGUUUGUUGACAUGGGGAUAUUUUUUAUAGGGUGUUUUUAGUCUAAUCUGUUUUGAAUAAUGUCUGAGAUAUUAUUAACCUUAUCUGUGUGUGCCCCUCUGUGUGUGUGUGUGUGUGUGUGCUCAGCCAUGCUGGAGGGUGACACGGCCAUGUACACUCAGUUCAUCAGUCAGCUGACAGAGGGUGAGCCCUACUGCCCCGUGUGCCAGGGCAUUCUUCCCCUCGGAGGCCGAGCUCCAGGACGUCAUCAACGACAUGCAGUCUAAGCUGAGCCUGGUCCCUGACAAACUGAAGAACACCGAGCAGUAACUGAAUAGGAAAUAGAGGAGGAAGGAUGACAUGAUGGCUCUCAAACCUGUCAGAUCAAAAUGGAUCAGGGAGUAAUUCUGGUGCGUUGUGUCAUUGGAGAUGAUAGGCUGUUGGAUUAGGUUGCAAUUAUAGUUUCCUUCCACUAGAUGGCAGUAGAUGCUCGACUCACAAAGGGGAGACAUGCUGAUCAGGUAACCACUGCACAUAACCUGUAAGAGAGGUCCCGCUCUGCUACUUAAAAACCAUGUAAUAUGUCAUUUUCUAUGUCUUGCUGCUGUUUGAGUGGAGCAAAAAUAACUGCUGUUGUUGCUGUCUGUUUCAAAUGUCCUGCUUCACUGCUCAUGGCCCUUUCUCUUAACCCUCUCUCCACAUAAGGCAUAUUCUACUCUCUUCUCAGUUGAUCUACAUGAGUAGCGAACCCUGGCCCUGUUCUGUGGUAACCCGUUCAUCCACAUGAGUAGCUAACCCUGGCCCUGUUCUGUGCUGUGGUAACCACCAGGCAGUUUAUUGCUGAGCUGCAGGAGAAGGAGUUUCCUGAGCUGAGGAACCGGCGAAAGAAGGCGAACCGGGACAUUGAAAGGCUGAAAGGGGAUGUGGAGGAGCAGGAAACCCUGCAGUCCACGCUGAUGUCAGAGGAGGACACAGCCUAG